AUGCCGAGUCUAUUAGUGGAUCUACUAGUAAAAUGGGUAAAGGAGAGGCGAAUACAGAAGAACGAAGAUUUCAAGAAUCGAAUAUGGGAAGAGUUGGAAGAAUUAUUUAAGGACAUGAUGCAAAGCAUAGAAGACAACACUCAAGCAGAAAAUGAUUUUUGUGCUUUUGAGGACGAGGAUGAGAAACAAAUAUUAGGAGGGGACAAUAAAAGUAAAGAAUUGUGCAAAAUACUAUUAAGAAUGUUCUUUUGGAUGGGUGGAUUAGAACUGAAAUACGAACGGAACAGUGGCGUAGGGUGGCAAUGGGUGAAGAAAAAGUGGAAGAAAGGAGAAAGUGAAGAAGAGAAGGAACUACAGGCCUAUCUUAGGUGCUUAGUUGGAAGAGUUACUAUGACAAGAAUGUUAGGAACACAUUGUAAGCUAGACAAAGUAGCAGGACUCGUUAAGGAGGCUGUAGACGGGUAUGUAGGAACCUUCGGAGGAGGCGACCAUUAUGAGGUAUGUAAGGAAAUAGAUAUUAACAGUGUAGGAAUGGGUCAGAAAUUCAUAUGGGGUGAAGCUCAGAAAUGGAUAAAUGAAUAUAGCACAGAAGAGAACCCAUAUAAAGGAAUAAAAAAAGUGAGUGCAGGGAAUAGUGCACUACACAAAAUAAAGGGAGAGGGACAGGAUUGCCCAGGGGAAGAGGGGCAGAGGAGUACUAAUCGGAAAGCCUUGGAGGAAUUAGGAAUAAAAACCACAUCGGACGAUGAUGACUUGAUUUUAGGGGAUGACGAUGUAUCUUUGGAUAACACUGCCCUGGAGGAUGUAUUGAAAGGAGUGAAGGACAACAAAAUCAAGAACCACAAUGAUUUACAGAACGAGGUGAAGGAAAAAGUGAAACAGAAGAAAGCAAUAACUGCAGCAGAUGUAAAGUGUAAAGAAGGUACCAUAUGUGAUCGCGCAGACUGUGUAACGAAGGAAUGGAAACGGAUCAGAUCAAACAGAGAAUCGCAGAAGGAUGAGAGUGAAGUUUGGUAUGACUUCCCAACUAGGGUCGAUGCAUUCGUUACAGCCAUGUCUACACCGAGCAAAAAUGAAGAUCAAUACUGUAAUGACACUAAUUGGAAGAAUGAAGACGCCGGGCAAGCAAAGAAAAAAGCAUGCCACCUUAUUGUGAAAGGAUUAAAACAUAUAUACAAUAUUCAGUUGACUUCAGGGACAGAUGAACACAACCCUGUUCAGAACCAAGAAUUUAAGCAAUUUGUAGCAUGUCUUUUAUUAAAUGAAUUCGCAAAACAAAUGAAAGAAAAGUGUCCAGGCAAAAAGGAAGACAUUGAAAAAGGCAUAGAAAAAGGCUUUGGAUUCAUGGAAAAAAUUAAAGGAGAUAAAUGUUCAAUUACUUAUCCAUGUGUUGAAUGCAAAUGGGAAAAAGAAGUAUAUGAAACUUGCAAAAUGGGCGGACAGCAAGUGAGGUCCAAAUUGAAAGAACUCUUCCAGAGCAGUAGAAAAAAAGACGAAAUAGAAAAAACGCUAAAUGAUAUAAGUACUUUAUGUAAAACACCUCCUACUGCUCCACCAGGCAGUCCAGCUAGAAGUGACAAAUCAGGAGCCGAGGAUGAUGUUCCUCCUCUAACACCACCCCCUCCACCAGAUGCUGAAGAAAGUGAGGAUGGGGAACGAGAUUCUCCCUCCUCCAAUGGUGAAAGUGAACCUCCACAAUUACCAGCACCACUGAAACCACGAACACCCGAAGAGAAACCAUCGUCGGAGGACGGCACUGGCUCUAAACAGGAAGACACAGGUAAGAAUAUAACACCUUCUACAGAAACUUCCAAAGUUGUAGAUUGUGAUAGUGUGCAGGUAGACGGUGAUGAGGACACAGCCCUUAAGCGUUCCCUUCCUGCUCAGAUUCCUUCUGCUGCCAAACUUACUGCCAAGAAAGGAAUCGAUCCCUUCCUUCCUUACCUCCCGCUCGCUCCUGCCGUGUUUGUUAUUUCUGUUAUGAGCUACUUGCUCUGGAAGUACUUUGGAAUGCUUCGUAAGACAAGAAAACGUUACAGAAGAGCUGCUCAAAUACGUGGUCCAUCCUUAGAACAGCAGAUUGUUGACCAUGUGGAACAGCAGGAUGGUCCACGAGAAUAUACUUUAAAAAUGUUCCUAUGGAACAGAUUCCAAGUUCAGAUUCCGGAUUUAGGGAGAAAAGACUUUGUUCCCAAGGAAGAUGUUUUUAAGGAACAGGUUCCAAGUUCAGAUUCCGCGUUUAGGGAGGAAGACUUUGUUUCUAAGGAAGAUGUUCCUAGAGCAGAAGUUCCUAAGGAACAGGUUCCAAGUUUAAGGUUCAGCGUUUAA